AUGGUAUCUGUUGGCCCUCACGAUAACAUUGGUUCGGAAAAGAAGCAUGUCCCACUGGACAUAGAACAGGAAUUGAAUCCUGAAGCUCAUACAGAUUCUCACUCCAGCUCAUAUGCCCGCGACGAUACUCUCCCCCAAAUGUCUGGAAAAUAUGAUGCUUUGAGGCAGAACAGAAGCUUGAUCAUCAAGCAGACCGAAAUUAUUGGCACUGCCUACAACAAAUGGUACUUACAAGCGAUUUUGCUAUUCAGUGCCUUUGUGUGCGGCUACGGCUAUGGACUGGACGGUAACAUCCGUUAUAUAUACACCGGUUACGCUACCUCUUCCUACAGUAAACAUUCCCUGUUGUCUACUAUUAACGUCAUCAAUGCAGUGGUCAGUGCCGCCUCACAAAUUAUCUACGCCAGGUUGUCCGAUGUAUUUGGUAGGCUAUACCUUUUCAUCAGUGCUGUUAUUUUAUAUGUCGUUGGUACUAUCAUCCAAUCCCAGGCUUAUGAUGUUCAGAGAUACGCUGCGGGUGCCAUUUUCUACAAUGCCGGCUAUGUGGGUGUCAUCUUGAUUCUUUUGAUUAUUCUGUCCGACUUUUCAUCUUUGAAAUGGAGACUGCUCUAUCAAUUUGCCCCCACUUGGCCCUUCAUCAUUAACACUUGGAUUGCUGGUAACAUUACUUCUAGGGCUAACCCUGUCGUGAACUGGUCUUGGGAUGUCGGGAUGUGGGCCUUCAUCUUCCCUCUGUCGUGCAUCCCAAUCGUGUUAUGCAUGUUACACAUGCAGUGGAGGGCCGGCAAGACUCCUGAAUGGCAGGAAUUGAAAGGACAAAAAUCAUACUAUCAAGAACACGGCCUCAUGAAAAUUCUAGAACAGUUGUUCUGGAAGUUGGAUGUCAUUGGCGUCCUCUUGAUGGGCUGUUCUCUGGGCUGUAUCUUGGUCCCGUUGACUUUGGCCGGUGGUGUCAAAACCACUUGGAAUGAUUCGAGGUUGAUCGGUCCCUUUGUUCUUGGCUUUGUAUUGAUUCCGAUCUUAUGGGUCUGGGAAUAUAGCUAUGCUAGAGAUCCAAUUCUUCCAUAUAAGCUGGUCAAAGAUAGGGGCGUCUGGUCUUCAAUGGGAAUAUCUUUCCUGAUUGAUUUCAUUUACUAUAUGGCUGCUGACUAUUUGUAUACGGUGAUGAUUGUUGCUGUCAAUGAAUCUAUCAAAUCAGCUACCAGAAUCUCCACAUUAUCUUCCUUUGUCUCUGUUGUGGCUUCUCCAUUUUUUGGUUUAUUGAUGACAAGAUGUACCAGGUUGAAACCGUUUAUCAUGUCCGGCUGUUCACUAUGGAUGUUAGCCAUGGGUCUAUUGUACCGUUUCAGAGGUGGCAGUGAAUCGCAUUCAGGUAUCAUUGGUGCAUUAUGUGUUUGGGGUGUGGGUACUACAUUAUUCACCUACCCAGUUACCGUCUCUGUGCAAUCUGCUGUGUCGCACGAAAACUUGGCCACAGUCACUGCUCUAAACUAUACCAUGUAUAGAAUCGGAUCUGCUGUUGGUUCUGCUGUUUCUGGUGCCAUCUGGACCCAGACUUUGUACAAACAAAUUUUAAAGCGAAUGGGUGAUGUGGCUUUAGCCGCGUCUGCUUAUGAUUCCCCGUAUGUUUUCAUUGAAACGUAUACUUGGGGCACUCCACAAAGAGUUGCUCUGAUGGGUGCUUAUAAAUAUGUUCAGAGACUGGAAACCAUUGUCGCUUUAGUAUUCUGCGUGCCAUUGAUUGCACUCUCCUUAUGCUUAAGAGAUCCCAGGCUAACCGAUACAGUUGCUGUAGAAAACAUUAAAGACGGCGAAUAUGUCGACACCAAGGACAGCGACCCCAUCUUGGAGUGGUUCGAAAAAAUCCCAUCGAAGUUUACUUCCAAACAGGAUUAA